CAUUAAGUUCUUCUCAGGCAAGCCUGCACUUUUCUUCCUCAAUACGAGCAAGUGAUAGCAUCACUGCUAUCCCAUGGCGAACCUGCUGAUUGACAAUGAAGGCCGGUGGUUUCUCAUCCAGGGACCAGUUGGAGUUCCACAGGCUCUCCCACAUCUUAGUCCAUCAUUCAUCACUGGGGUCCAUAUUGAGCACCUCUUUGGCAUUCAUUUUCACAUGCACUUGAGAGUCUGGGAACCAGGAUGGUCUGACGGAAUGUUCGAGGCUGUUGACAAGCUUGUUAUAUUGUGCAACAUGGGCAGAAAUGGUUUGGGCGUGGUCGUUUGCACUACUAAACACUGAGACCAUCCUCGAGUAUCCUUAAAGUACGACUUUUGCAACUAGCCGCCCUCCACGCCGUUGGGAGCUUCAAACAGGGUUCAUCUCAUCCUGGUACUUGGCUAAGCAGAUAAGUAUAGAAUGUUUGCGGAACCGGGCUAGAAUAUAUUUCUCGAUGUAGUCCCUUUCUGGGCCAG